GGAACUGGUUAAAACUAAACAAGGAAAGGAACCGAACCGUUGGGAUAUGCGAAUUCGAUUACCAGAUCGGAUUGGAGGAAAAAGCAAUAGUCCCUCCACAUGAUAUUUCUCAUAUAUAGAUCCAAAUCCAUUGCUGCGAACGGCUGCUCGUAAUCGGCAUGAUAGCGAAGCGAGCUCCUUUACGAGUACUACGAAGCGAGGCCUACAUUCCUUUUACGCGCUCAUCUUCUUUGACCCGGUAUGAGAGAAGAGCUCGGCCUGCUUAGCCAUCAGUUAGUGCCGAUGCAUGACUUCCAUUCGAAGACAGGAACGGUACUUCCAACGGCUCAUCGCGGAUGUCAAGGGUACGGGUGAAAUCUAUUCAAUGGUUGUAUUGGCAAGGCAUGCUUGUGAUUGGCAUGUUCCGAGAAGAGCACGGCUAAGGGCAAAGCAGACAAGGCACGGGUCCUAUCCGCGGAUUCGCAAUAGUUCUAGUUCCUCGAAAGGACAUCGUUCGCUUGCGGCUGAAGUGGAGAUACGGCAGUAGUUCCUAUCCGGUUUUCAACGGCUAAGGGUCGGUCCAUAGAACCCUCGGUUUCGGCUUUCCUAGUCGGCUUUUUCCACGAGUUGGAUCGUAUAAUGAUGAUCGGAACUGAUUCCUUUCCUUCCUAUCCGAAUACCGGAAACGGCCUUCCUAUUUGGAAAAUCCUAUCCUGGUUCUGUUUCUGUGUAAGCAACUAUUGCCUUACUUGAGGAUGAGUUUUCCCCUUGCUUUGCAACAACCAAAUUCCCUUUUCUUCCAAGCAAAGCAAGACCUAUUCCUUUCAAAAUUCGUACUUCUGCAAAGCUUUAGGGGUUUAGAGAAAGGGUCUUUCUUUCUACCUAUGACGAAUAACUUCUUAUUAUCAUGGCGACAGGCAUUGUAAACCUACUUUUCCUACCUCCAGAUGAGGAGGCCUUAGGACAAACAUUCCGAAGUCACUGGAACGGCAGUGAUGUGAUCCUGUGUCAAAGUAGAGCAGUAGCGAUAGUGAAUUACUAUUCUCAUUAACAAUAGGGCCUUUCUUCCGAUCUUAUCCAAUUCGUUACGUUUUCUGAUUGCACUACUUCCUUCUAAUCCAACAAUUUGAAACCUAAUCUAUAAUAUCCUAAUCCAUUAAUGAAUGCGAUCUUCCCGUUUAUCUCCAUCUGCAGGGCUAGGAUUUCUUCUUCUCGAUAGUGAUGAGGCUAGUGCUCCUUCUCUUCUUCCCAAUUCCUGGAAGCCUUCUACUCCUCGAAACCCUGUCUUUUGUUUGAUUUAGUUACAGAUGGACUAUCAAAGAUAUUGGCUAGAGGUCAAGAUGCUGGGUGCCAUGGAUCGAGUGAUCAAAUCAGAAUAGUUUUCAAAGUGAAAUGUUGCUCCUAAGAAAACUCGUAUAGUAGUCUCAUUGGCCUUCGUCGAUGGGACAAACGCGGAAGUGUAUGCGUUACAAGGCAACUAGCAUUUUGUUUUGUCAUGGAAUGAAAGAAUGUUCUUGUUUUUCGUUGGAAAAACCAACGCCGACGUCAAGAUCAGUCUCCUUUCUCUUUUCGGGAGCAGAGCUUCAAAAGAAGGACAGUAACGAUCGCGUAAUAUCAAUUUAUCGGCCUCGUCAUCGAAAGCGGCUUCCAAUUGCUCGGAAAUUCUCAGCUAUAUGGGGGACUUUGAUGGUGAGCAAAAAGAAUUGAUCAAGAAAUUGGUAAACUUUCGCAUGAUCGAUGGUAAAAGAACGAGAGUUCGUGCUAUUGUUUAUAAAACUUUUCACCGCCUAGCUCGAACUGAACGCGAUGUAAUCAAACUUAUGGUUGACGCCGUAGAUAAUAUAAAGCCAAUAUGCGAAGUGGUCAAAGUAGGAGUCGCAGGUACUAUUUAUGAUGUUCCUGGGAUUGUAGCCAGGGAUCGUCAACAAACCUUAGCUAUUCGUUGGAUCCUUGGAGCAGCUUUCAAACGACGUAUAAGCUACAGGAUAAGCUUAGAGAAAUGUUCAUUUGCUGAGAUACUGGAUGCUUACCGAAAGAGGGGAAUUUCACGUAAGAGAAGGAAGAAUCUUCAUGGACUGGCUUCCACCAAUCGGAGUUUCGCGCAUUUCAGAUGGUGGUAAAGUGAUACCACAUAAGGAGCUCUUCCUCAUUCAGUCAUACUCAACAAAAGUCAGAAAUGUUUGACCCUGAUCCUUUUUUCAUCUUCAUAUAGAAAGAAAAUCGGCCUUCCUCAUACUCCCCC